AACACCCUUGGCCAGCUUACUUUUGUUGUAUGAUGGAGAUGAUCGUGCUUAAUUCUGCUGUCAUUGUGUAGUCAUCAUCUCAGUCAGAAAAGGUGGCAGAAUUGAUGCAAAAGAUAUAGGUCACGGAGAAAAUGGUUAGGAAUUUAAAGGGGGAGGAACUUUCUUCUUUGGGUCCUAAUGACUUGGAGCAAGUGGAGCAUCAGAUUCAACUAGGAAUGAAUAGAGUAAGAGCGAGAAAGAACCAACUUGUGGAGGAGAUCCAAAGGACGGCCAAUGACUUGCAAAAAGAUAAUGAUGAACUACACAAAAUGAUGCAGCUCUCUGAAGAGCGGAGAUAUGCAGAGAGAAUUGUCAACGAUAAUGUUAGAAUGCCAUCAACUGGAAUAGCUAGCAACCUCUGGCAGCAAAACUUUCAACAACCAUGGCAGAGAAAUCAUUCGUUGGUAUGUCUACCUGAGCAGGAGCACCGUCUCACCGUACUGCAAGGAUGGCGGUGAUCCAAACUAUUUAUAUACGAAACAAUGUGGUCAUAUUUCAUUGCAACUAUUUGAUGUAAUAAAGGAAUUAGUUUUAAAUGCUUGAGGAGCCAAAAGGUCAUGGAUAGAUAAUCCUAACGUUUCAAAUAUUUUUUGAUAUCUAUAUAAAAGCUGUUCUUGUUUUAUU